AGAGGAGAAAGUCAGUAGCACAGUAGAGAGAGAGAAAGAGAGAGCAAGCUUUUCUCUCUCUCACCAUCAUCGCCUUUUCCAUGGCCGCCAGGAGGAUCUCAUCGCUGCUCUCCCGCUCUAUCCCAUCCAGCACAACCGCCUCCUCCCGUGCUCUGCUGCGCAAUGGAAAGUGGAAUAAACCAGGCUUUGAAUCAGGAAUCAGGAACCACAGCACCGCUGCUGUCCUCGAGGAGCCGAUAAGUCCGGGCGUCUCAGUGAACUACACUCAGCUAAUGAUUAAUGGAAAGUUCGUGGAUGCAGCGUCAGGAAAAACCUUCCCGACGUUGGACCCGAGGACAGGGGAGGUGAUCGCCCAUGUUGCUGAAGGGGAUGCUGAGGACGUGAACCGGGCCGUUUCGGCUGCUCGUAAGGCAUUCGAUGAAGGGCCAUGGCCGAAAAUGACAGCAUAUGAAAGAUCAAUGGUGCUUCUGCGGUUCGCGGAUUUGCUGGAAAAGCAUAACGAUGAGAUAGCAACGCUUGAGACAUGGGACAAUGGAAAACCAUUUGAACAGGCUGCGAAAAUCGAACUCCCGAUGAUCGCACGCCUCUUCCGGUACUAUGCAGGUUGGGCGGAUAAGAUUCACGGGCUUACAGUCCCAGCUGAUGGGCCCUAUCAUAUUCAGACCUUGCAUGAGCCGAUCGGUGUGGCCGGUCAGAUCAUCCCGUGGAACUUUCCCUUGUUGAUGUUUGCGUGGAAGAUCGGCCCUGCCUUAGCUUGUGGCAACACUGUUGUACUGAAGACCGCAGAGCAGACUCCCCUUUCUGCUUUAUAUGCAACUAAGCUGCUUCAUGAGGCUGGGCUUCCCGAGGGUGUUGUGAAUGUGAUUUCAGGCUUCGGACCAACUGCUGGAGCAGCACUUGCCAGGCAUAUGGAUGUGGACAAGCUGGCAUUCACGGGAUCAACUGAAACCGGGAAAGUCAUACUUGAACUGGCAGCAAAGAGCAACCUCAAGCCAGUGACUCUGGAACUCGGAGGAAAAUCCCCCUUUAUCGUAUGUGAGGACGCCGAUGUCGAUCAGGCUGUUGAGCUUGCCCAUUUUGCUCUUUUCUUCAAUCAGGGACAAUGCUGCUGUUCUGGAUCUCGCACUUAUGUCCAUGAGAGCGUGUAUGAUGAAUUCCUCGAGAAAGCUAAGGCUCGUGCCCUGAAGCGUAUUGUUGGCGAUCCAUUCAAGAAGGGCAUUGAACAAGGUCCUCAGAUUGAUAACAAACAAUUCGAGAAGAUUUUGAAGUACAUAAGAUCAGGAAUUGAAAGUGGAGCUACCCUUGAAACUGGAGGAGAAAGGCUUGGUUCCAAGGGAUACUAUAUUCAGCCUACAGUUUUCUCAAAUGUGAAGGAGGAUAUGGUUAUUGCUCAGGAUGAGAUAUUCGGUCCUGUGCAAUCUAUUUUGAAAUUCAAGGACCUCGAUGAGGUGAUACAGAGGGCGAACAACACUCGGUAUGGGCUAGCUGCAGGAGUCUUCACAAAGAACAUUGACACCGCUAACACAUUGACCCGGGCUUUACGUGCGGGGACUGUCUGGGUCAAUUGCUUUGAUGUCUUUGACGCGGGGAUCCCAUUUGGUGGGUACAAGAUGAGCGGAAUUGGGAGGGAGAAGGGAGAGUACGGUCUCAAGAAUUACUUGCAGGUCAAGGCAGUUGUUACUCCUCUAAAGAACGCGGCAUGGCUCUGAGCUCUAAAACCCCUCCCUUUCGUUUUCCGUUCUACUUCUUAGAUUCACACCCUCAAGGAAUAAGACUCGAACAUAAGACGUGCCGACUGUGGUUGUUGAAGGCUGUGAUUGAUCCAAUUUGGACGACGACGAUGACUCAUGACGAUGAAAGCUGAUGAAAGUACCUUUUAGUACCCCGUUUUCAUGUACCUUUUUCAUCAUUCAUGGCGUGGCCCAUUUCAUUAACGGGUCUUAUUGAUGGCUUCUAUUUUCAUCUAAUUGAAUCUCAAUAAUGGAAAAUGCAAAUGCUUUAUGGUUCCA